AUGUCUUUGGAUGAAGAUUUCGAUAAGCUGAGGCUUAACUCCCAAUAUUCAGAGCAUGGUGAUAUCAGGCUGUUGGAAAAACAUGAACACAAGAUAAAAACUGAUGAGAUUUCUAUUUCAAGAGGAAAGACAACUAAAGACAAGGCUAACAGAGCUACCGUAGAAAAUGUUUUAGACCCCAGAACUAUGGGGUUUUUAAGAGGUUUGAUGAACAGAGGAGUUCUUUCUGAUUUUAAUGGUUGUCUGAGCACAGGCAAAGAAGCCAAUGUUUAUCAUGCAUUUUCAGGACUGAAAGAGGGAAUGGACAGCAGUUUGAGAAGAGAAUAUGCAAUCAAAAUAUACAAAACGUCAAUACUGGUUUUUAAAGACCGUGAGCGUUACGUUGAUGGAGAGUUUCGAUUUCGGAAGUCAAGAUCUCAGCACAAUCCAAGGAAAAUGAUAAAAAUAUGGGCAGAAAAAGAGUUUAGAAAUCUGAGAAGGAUUUAUCAAAGUGAUGUUGUUCCUGGACCUGAACCCAUUGAGGUUAGAAAUAAUGUUCUUGUGAUGGAAUUUUUAAGUCGAGGCAAUGGGUUUGCGUCCCCAAAACUGAGAGAUUAUCCUUACAAGGAUCGAGAUGAUAUUUAUCAUUAUUAUUAUACAAUGAUUGCUUACAUCAGACUUCUGUAUCAAAUAUGUCGUCUAGUGCAUGCCGAUCUCUCGGAGUAUAAUGCGAUUGUCCAUAACGAAAAACUGUACAUAAUCGAUGUUUCUCAAAGUGUUGAGCCGGAACAUCCAAUGAGUUUGGAUUUCUUGAGAAUGGAUAUAAAAAAUAUAAAUCUCUACUUUGAGAAAUUGGGAAUCGAUGUCUUUCCUGAACGUCUCAUAUUCCAAUUUGUGAUCUCUGAAGAACUAGAAAGUUUUGGUGGUGAUUACAGAAGUUCAGAUGAUUUGAGUUUGUACGUAUCGAAGACCUUGCCAGUGAAAUCAGGCUCCAAGGAUUCAGAAGAGGAUGAGGUGUUCAGAAGUUUGUAUUUGAUUAGAAAUUUGGGAGGCCUGGAGGAACGUGAUUUCGAGAGAUUCACAGACGGCAAAUUCGAUCUUUUGAAGAGUUUAAUUGCACACGAUAAUGAAAAAAACUAUAAAGAUGAGGAAAUCGGUGAAAAUAUUCCAGAUGGUGACGUCAGCGCAGGAGAUGAUUCUGAGGAGGAUGAGGAAGAUGGCCACACUAGUUUGGAUAGCGAAGACGAGCAAGAUGAAUCCGACGAUGAAAGUGCGAACGAUUCAGACUAUACAGAUGAUGACGAUUCCAAGAAACCCAAAGGGAAAAAGUUUGAAAACAAGGAGGAUAAGAAGCAACGUAAACAAGAAACAAAAGACGCUAAGAGAGAGAAAAGAAAAACUAAAGUUAAGAAACAUAUCAAAAAAAAAAUGCUAAAAAAAACAAAGUCGAAAAAAUAG